AUUGUACCGGCUUCGUCACUCGUCACUCGUCGGUUAAAAAUAAAAUCGCUAGGUUUGAAAGGCCGCUGAAUCUUUUUGUUGGGUGAACCAGUGUCAAUGGCGCCUCAUGAUAUCCGGCGUCCAUUCAAACGUGCAGCGAUCUCCGACCAACAGAAACGCCGUGAAUUGUCUUUGCAAAGGCAGGCUCAGAACCGGAAUGAAGCUCAGCUGCAAGCCCGCCGUCUCGCUUCCUCUAUCCUCUCCCUCCCAAACCACAAGUCCGAACCUCAACAUUUGGAACCGGUCGAACUUGUACCCGAGCCUAUAGUUGAAGAACCCGAGACUGAUGCCGGAGAUAUCACCGAUAUCGACAUCCUUCAAGCGGCUAAGCUCAAAGGCCCCGAAGCUCGGCGGUGGUUCGCCAGUCAGCUUAUGCUUCCGGAGUGGAUGAUUGAUGUCCCUGAUCGUCUCGAUCACGAUUGGUAUGUAUUUGCAAGACCUUCUGGAAAACGAUGCUUUGUUGUUUCAUCAAAUGGAACAACUAUCAGCAGAUUACGCAAUGGCUCCCUCCUGCACCGAUUUCCUUCUUCUCUACCUAAUGGUGCUCGAACCAGAGAAGGUUCUCGAUCUGCCCAAUCAUAUUGCAUACUUGACUGCAUAUUUCACGAGUUGGAUCAAACCUACUAUGUAAUCGACAUGGUAUGCUGGGCAGGAAUCUCAUUUUAUGAAUGCACAGCUGAAUUCAGAUUUUUUUGGAUGAACAGCAAGCUUGUUGAGUCAGGAGCUUGUGAGGAUCCAUCUACUUACCAUAGAUAUAGAUUUAGCCUCAUUCCUGUUUAUAAUUGUGAUCAUGAAGGCCUCCAAACAGCUUAUACAGGGCAAGUCCCUUAUGCGAAAGAUGGGCUACUGUUUUAUAACAAACAUGCACACUAUCAAACAGGAAAUACACCAUUAGCACUUGUCUGGAAGGAUGAGACUUGUAGUGAAUAUGUCAUUGAUACAGAUAACAAAGGGCAGAUUCCAAAUCAACAGCAGGUGGUUUUGGAGAUACAAGAAAAUGGGGAACUGGUUACAUCUGAUGAUCCUCCUGUUUUACUUGGUUGCUUAAAUGCGGGUUUUAUACAAGAGACAGGACUGAAUUUUGGAAACCUUGUAAGGUUUGCAGUUAGUGAGGGUGGAUUGACAUUUAUGAAUGGGAAGGUGGAAAAGGCCGAUUUGCAGUAUAUAGGAAAGGUCCAUCGUGCACGCGCUUUUGCUGAUAGUUAUUCUAAGAUUGUAUUCCAAUAUAUGGUUCGGCAUUCUCCUUUACGAAUAGAGGAUCUGUUCGCAUCCAUGGGUACAUCAAGUGAACACAGGGGCAAUGACGAGGAAAUGGUUGGUUGAUGGAUUUGUUAAUGAUUGAUGGAAGAGUUAAGUUCUCUCCUUCAUUGUGGUUAUUAAUAGAACUAAGCUGAGAUAUGAGGCCGAGCCACAUGUGUAAAAAGCCAUGAUUAAAUAAUUACUUGAUUUUGAAA